UCGUUUGUUUACAUACCAACAAACUACAGUAUUGUUGUUGUUCCGCUCGCUUUCCCACAAAGCCUUAACUAAUCCUUUUCAACAUAAACCUCCAUGGAAUCGUUCGAAAUUUGCCGAGUUUGCAUGGAAGAAGUUAAACACGUUUGGCCAUUGUUUGAGCACUGCGGCAAGAUCCCACCGGAGCUAACGCCAGCGACGCUAAUCAGCGAAUGCGCGGGUAUUGCAAUCGACCCAAACGAUGGACUGCCCGACUUGGUGUGCGAUAGUUGUCUUGAAGCGAUGGCGAUAGCUUACACUAUCAGGCAGAAAUGUAUUUCCUCGGACAGAAAGCUCCGGAAAAUACUGCUCCGCAGUAACGCUUGCAGUGUGCCACAAGAGGUGAAACAGCAGGAACAUUCGACAGACGAAACCGUGGAAAGUGAUCGAGAGACCGAAUCAUGCGAGGCAAACGCAGUCAGUGAAAGUUUGGCGAAUGAAAAGGAGUCUAGUGGGGCGGACGAGGACUCAACAUCAGAAAACGCUAUCGAAAUUGCGUUAAAGGAAGAAUUAUCUCCUGCGUACUUUGACGAGGAAUACCUAAUCGAAGCUACUUACACAGAGCAGCCCGAAGAUGGUGACGGUGCAGAGCAACAAAUCGCGGAAGAUGAAUCUAAUGAUGAGAAGCUUGAAUUAGCAGAUCUCGAACAAUAUCCACAGCACGGUGUGGAGAAACUGUUUACCUGCGAAGUUUGCGAGAAGCGUUUCACGACCAAGGGCAAUAUGAAAGCUCAUGCGCUGCUGCACAGCAACCACAAACCGUUUAGCUGUGAGCUGUGCGGGGCAACGUUUGCCAAAAAGCAUAACUACAACAUGCACACGAUGCGUCACGCCGGCAAUCGAACCCACCCGUGUCCGGUGUGUGAAAAGUCGUUCGUGUGUGCGGUGAAUUUGAAGAACCACAUGCGCAUACACUGGAGCGUAAAGCCGUUUCAGUGUGAUUACUGUAGCAGAGAGUUUUGUCACCGAACGGAUAAGGCACGCCAUGAAGUUUCGCACACCGGCGAAUAUCCUUAUGGGUGUGAGAAAUGCCAGCGCAAGUUUUCCCGAAAUACGAGCCUUACCAAACAUCUGGUAAAAUGCAACGGAUCGAAAUCGAAACAUCCCAAUUGGAAAAGAAAGUCAAAAAUAGAACAACAUACCGAAUAAUAAAAAGAAAACAAAUACGUUUAGUAUCGUA